CACAGUUUAAACUAUAUAACCUCAUUUUAUCCUCGACAAUGAAAACUACUAAAUUUGAAAUAAUAGCUGGUACCUACGAGGAAUUUUUACUGGGAUUCCAUUUUAUAUCAAAACAAACGGAACUCGUUCAAAGUUUUGCAAUCCAUGACCACAGCAGCAGCAUACGUUGUGUAGCUGCAUCAGGCCAUUAUUUAGCUGAUGGAGCUGCAGAUGACAGAAUAAUAGUGUACAACUUAAGACUACGGAAGGAGCAUUGCAUGUUAAGUCACCAUAAUGCCACCGUAAAUUGCUUACAAUUCACGAAUAAUCAUUCUCACCUUAUAUCUGGCAGCGCCGAUGGGGAAUUAGCCAUUGUGCGAGUAGGUAGCUGGCAACUGGAAAAAACUUGGGCAAAAGCACAUAAAGGUUCCGCUAUAUUAGAUAUUGCCAUACAUUCUUCAGGUAAAUUGGCACUUACUCUCGGUGCUGAUUGCAGUUUGAGAACCUGGAAUUUAGUUAAGGGCCGUCAAGCUUAUGCGAUAAAUCUAAACAGUAAAAGUAAAGAUGCUAGGAGCUUAAAUAUGAUCGUUUGGGCUGAGGACGGAGUUAGAUUUAUUUUAUCGGGAGGCAAAUAUACUGAAAUUUGGAGCAUCGAAACUGGGGGAAUCUUAAAAGUAAUUGAACAUGAUGAAAAAAUUUGCAGUUGUAUAUGGGUAUCAGAAUAUCAAAUAAUUGUUGGAUAUGAAGACGGACAGAUAGCUUUGAUUGAAAUUAAUGAAUGUACGAAGAAUUUGCAAAAAGCUCAUGACAGCAGAGUGAAAACUCUGACGAAGUAUUCAAAGUGGAUCGUAUCAGCCUCUAGUAAUGGCGAAAUUAAGGUGUGGAACAUGGAACUAAAGGAGCUCUCCAAGUACAACACGGGAUGCCGAAUAACUUGCUUAACAGUAGCUGCGCCCACUGUGAAGAUAAAAGAAGAACAAGAUGAAGAAGUUUUAGAGAUUGUAGAAGUCAAAGAAAAACCGGUAAAGAAAAGUAGUGUUACAGUUACAGUAGAAGAAGAAGGCAGCGACAAUGAAAAUUCGGAAUAUGAAGCUGAGUAUGAUAAAAUAAAAACAAAGAAAAUAAAAAAUAACAGAACAGGCGAAGUUGACGAACAUAAUAAAAUCAAGAAAAAGAAGAAAAGGACAGCGGACGGUAGUAAGGAAAGACGAAAUGAAGCAGGGAAACAGAAGAAAGUUAGAAAGUGUAGUGAUAAUGCAAGUGAAGAAAGGACAUAUGUUUUAAGUGACAGAGAUGUAUUUGGCCCUACAAAAAAUGAAACACAGAAGAUUAAAAAGUCUAAAUCAGGUGGAACAAAUAACAGACACUCUAAAAAGAAAAAUAAACAGAAGACGAAUUAAUUUUAUUAAAAGUGUAAUUGAAAAUUCGUGUAAAGGGUAAGAAGUUUAU